UACGGGUGCCGAGUGGAGCGAGGCCUGGAAUGUGCCUGCUGCUGGGCGCCGCGGGCGUCGGGAAGACGCUUUUGGUGAAACGCCUGCAGAAGCUGAGCUCCCAGGGUGGCCAGGGCGACCUGGGCGAGCCUCCCCCGACGCGGCCCACGGUGGGCACCGACCUUACAGACAUAGUGGCCCAGAGAAGGAUCACCAUCCGAGAGCUCGGAGGGUGCAUGAGCCCCAUCUGGUCCAGUUAUUAUGGAACCUGCCGUUCGCUCAUGUUCGUGAUUGAUGCUUCUAAUCCCACUCAGCUCUCUGCAUCCUGUAUGCAUCUCUUGGGUCUCCUUUCUGCAGAACAACUUUCAGAAGUGUCAGUCCUGAUACUCUUCAAUAAAAUUGACCAACCUUGUUACAUGUCCCUGGAGGAAAUUAAGUCAUUGAUCAGGCUCCCAGACAUCAUUGCUUGUGCCAAGCAGAACAUCACCACGGCAGAAAUCAGUGCCAAGAAAGGCACUGGCUUGACUGGCGUGCUGCACUGGCUCCAGGAGCAGCAGAGAACCAGCGGUUGACUGCAAGUUGGAAAAGUCUGGCUGGCUCGUCUGCUCACCAGAAGGCAGAGGGUGCAUUAAUGACCACAGUGUUCUGACAGAGGCACAACAGCCUAGCAUAGUCCUAGAGAGCAGGGAUCUGUGAGGAGAUGCAGUUCUGGGUAAAGAGAAUCACUUGGGGUACAGUUCCAGACACCUGAAGAAGACUGUACUCAGGACUGGCAAAGGAGGACUGGCCUGUAAGUGGCAUCCAAGGAUGAUGCCCCUGGGACUUGUUUCCCUGUCCCCAGGAUCCCACUGGACUUGCGCCAAGGUGUUCGAAUUACAGUGCCACUACAGAGACCUUGUGUCCCGUCAGUAAUACAAGCUCCACUCUGUGUCCAUUUCUGAUACCCUGACUGCGCCAAUCCUCCCUCUCCCCAAUCAACAAGGGGGUGGGCACAGUGUGAGAGUAAGAACUAAGCCUCAAG